GUUUUCUAGUGAUUUUAUUUUUGUUAUAUGAAAUAGAAAAUGAAAAUCGAAUCAUUUUUUAAAUUUCGCUCAUCCCCUUUUUGACCAUGAAAAGAAAAUCGCCUUGUAUUUCAAUUUUAAUUUUUGUAUUUUAAAACGAAAAUCAAAUAACCACUCGUUUUCUGUUUUUUAAUACCCGUUUCUGAAAGGAAAAUCCAAUGACCAAAACAUACACGGACCGGGGCGGCAAUGCGCCGAUAAACUGGAGGCAAAACCGCCGUAAAACACAAGCAGAAGAAGAAAAAGAACUCCAUUACCCAUACAACCUUCUGCUAACGCUUUACGUCAUAACGUCAGUCGGCAGGCAUAUUUCAACAUGGAGGAUAUCGUAGCUGUAGAAAAGAGCCCGGAAGACAUGCCGGCAGUACUGACCUCCAGACCUCAGACUGGUCUGUCCUUCCUGGCACCAGAACCAGAAGAUCUUGAGGACCUUUACAGCAGAUACAAGAAGCUGCAGCAGGAGCUGGAGUUCCUGGAAGUGCAGGAGGAGUACAUCAAAGAUGAACAGAAGAACCUGAAGAAAGAGUUUCUCCAUGCCCAGGAGGAGGUUAAGAGGAUACAGAGCAUCCCACUUGUCAUUGGCCAGUUCCUGGAAGCUGUUGACCAGAACACAGCCAUUGUUGGCUCCACCACAGGGUCCAACUACUAUGUGCGCAUACUGAGCACCAUUGACAGAGAGCUGCUGAAGCCUAACGCCUCAGUGGCCUUGCACAAGCACAGCAAUGCCCUGGUGGAUGUGCUCCCUCCCGAAGCUGACAGCAGCAUCAUGAUGCUUACCUCAGACCAAAAGCCAGAUGUGAUGUAUGCUGACAUUGGUGGUAUGGACAUCCAGAAGCAGGAAGUCAGAGAAGCUGUAGAGCUGCCACUCACACACUUUGAGCUCUACAAACAGAUUGGUAUUGACCCACCCAGGGGUGUCCUUAUGUAUGGACCUCCAGGUUGUGGUAAGACCAUGUUGGCCAAGGCUGUGGCACACCACACUACAGCGGCGUUCAUCCGUGUGGUGGGCUCCGAGUUUGUUCAGAAGUAUUUGGGUGAAGGCCCUCGUAUGGUGCGUGACGUCUUCCGGCUGGCAAAGGAAAAUGCCCCGGCUAUCAUCUUCAUUGAUGAGAUUGAUGCCAUCGCCACUAAGCGUUUUGAUGCACAGACUGGAGCUGAUAGGGAGGUGCAGAGAAUCUUACUUGAGCUGCUUAAUCAAAUGGACGGCUUUGACCAGAAUGUCAAUGUCAAGGUGAUCAUGGCCACCAACAGAGCAGACACGCUGGACCCUGCCCUGCUACGUCCUGGUCGUUUGGACAGAAAGAUUGAGUUCCCCCUGCCCGACCGCAGGCAGAAACGUCUCAUUUUCUCCACCAUCACCAGUAAAAUGAACCUCUCUGAGGAGGUCGACCUGGAAGACUAUGUGGCCAGACCAGACAAAAUCUCUGGAGCUGAUAUCAACUCCAUCUGCCAGGAGGCUGGCAUGUUGGCAGUGCGUGAAAACAGGUAUAUCGUCCUGGCUAAGGACUUUGAAAAAGCUUACAAGACCGUCAUCAAAAAGGACGAGCAGGAGCACGAGUUCUACAAGUAGAGAGAGAAAAAAAUACAUCCUGAAGAAAAAAAAGGUGUCCAGACACACAAGUCUGUUAUUGAUUUACAUCUGUUUGUCUGCAUCUACAGUGUGUUUUGUGGAUUUGCAGUCCCUGACUUGUAUAGAUUUUUGGACUAAAUUUACUCACUGCAAUGUCAGAUUAGCCCUGUGUCUCCAGCCUUGAGAAGACAGACUACCAUGUGAUGGGGUGUUUUUUUGUACAGGCAUUCUACUGUUCCUAAAAAUAUGACCCUGUCUGUAGCUAGGAUAGAACAUUUGUAUCAAUAUGUACUCACUUAACAAGACAAUACUUUAAAAAAAUCCAUUAAAGAUGUUUUCCAUAAAAAAAGAAAA